UGCGUCGUGCCGUGAAUGCUCUUUCGUGCCAUGGCCACAAGGGCUGUCGAAAACCUCCUCCAGCGAUGGCAGCUUCUUGGCCAAGGGGUGACUUUGCCACAGCUGCCUGAAUUGGCACUGCCAUGGACCAUGCGCAGCGAUGGAGAUGCAGAUGCAGAUCACGUGCAAGCUGCUGGAGUACCCCGCGCAUGCGACUGACUGGGGGACGCCCACGGUGACUGAGCGUGUCGGUCCGAAUGCCGAGGAUCUGCCCGCAGCGCGCGACCAGCAGUACGAGCUGCAGGACUUCGAGACCAGCAAGAUGGCGACCAAUACGAAGUCUCACGGCCAUCCAGUGGGGGCCAAGCCGUGGCCAUGGCCAAGAAGUAUCGAGAACACGCUGAACUUUACGAAGACAGCUGUGACGGAGACGGUGAAGACGACGGGCGCCAUCGAGUCAGAGGCUCAGAAGUACCGCGCCAUGAUGGCCCAUAGCGAGUACAACAGCGAGAUCGACAAGCUUCGAGGCUCUUCCAGCGACAUGCAACGCUUCGAGAACGAACUCCAGGUCCACACCCGCGACCAGCAGACCGACAAUAUCCUCUACCACAUCGACUUCGACGAGCAGGAGCCCUUACUCCAGCACCUUCGACGACUUCAGCACCGCGACUCCACCCUCGUGGAGAUCCAAAACCUCACGGACAACGAGACCACCUCGACAUCCAGCGAGAUCACAGCGCUCAUCUGGGCGCUCGCCUACAUCAUCCACAAGGACAUCAAUCACAGGAUAUCGGUCCACUCCGACUCGCUGGGAGCGAUCCAACUGGCCAGGAUGGAGGCUUUUACCAACCGAGACGCCCACCUCGUGCAGCUACUGGCGAUCAUGUACUCGCACGUCAAGGAAUAUGUCGACCUGUGUCACGUCCACGCCCAUGAGAUGAACCCCUGGAACGAAGUUGCCGACGCCGCAGCCAACUACGCCCGCAUCGAGGACUACCCGCACCCACAACCUGAAUGGGCUAACAUACUCAACGCGUCCCCUCAGAGAUGCUGGGAAUUCCUACUCGACGCCGACAACCACACCAAGGACGCUUACCCAUCCUUUUCACCUGGGAUGCUCAAGGCCCAACGCAUCGACACCACGGCAACGACAGCUCACCUCUCGACACCAACCAAGUCCACGAAGACCUCGACCGAGAUAGAUGUCAACAUCGCCACCUACAACAUCCAGUCAGGGCGCGAACCUGGCCACGGCGCUCGACGACGAAAAGAAAAGAUACACAAGCUCAGAAAGACAAUGCUCAAUCUGUACAUGGAGGACCUCCACCUGAUCGGCAUCCAGGAAGCCCGCACGCCCUGGGGAGUUCGCAGCGGCAACGACAUCACCAGCACGAGUGCGUACGCCUACCACGUCAUCUCAGGGGGGCACGAUCAGUACAACCUCGGCUGCGAGCUCCACAUACUCACCAGCAAGCCGUACGGAAAGGCAGGAGCCAAGGACCUCUACUUCCGCCCCGAUCAGUUCACCGCAAUCGGCGAUCAAGGCUUCAAGCAAAAGGAGGACGACAACGGCGAACGCUUCCACAGGGUCCUGCAAGGCAGCUCUCUCAUAGCCGCGAACACCUUCAAAAGCGGAGGCCAGGACCACUAUACAUGGGACUCAGGCAAGGACGUACACAGACUGGACUACAUAGUGGUUGGCCACGAGCUUUUUGACUCGAUCUCCUACACGUCCGUAAUGUACGGUAUCGACACAGAACACGACCACUCACAAAAGAACGACCACUUCCCUGUCAAGGUUAACCUCGCCUACACAGUCGAGACCACUUACCAGCACGGCACGCCCAAGCUCGACACCGCUAAGCUCGACUCCGAGACAGCCAAGAACGACUUUCAACGACGCCUGCAGCAGAUCCAACACCCCCCCUGGGAGACCAACCUCAACGACCAUACCAAGAGCAUCGUCGAUCAGAUAAAGGACGCAGCCUACGCCAGCUUCAAGAAGCAGCAUCAUGCCCCCCGCAAGCCCUACAUCACCGAGGCCUCCUACGCUCUUCUUCGAUUCCGACGCACCCUCAUCAACAACGCCCAGACCAUCCACAACCUGACAGCCGCCCUGGCAGCCCCCAAGAAAGGCAAACGCGGCGGGCCCGACGGGAACACCGACGACAUGGCACGAGCAGCGCCGCGCCAGAUUGCCCGACUCCUGCACCCCAUCAUGAUGAAGAUGCAGAUGAUGACGACGGAGCCCAUCUCGGCGAAGGGCGGAUUCUCCACCCACUUCUCUAAAGGACAAGGACAGCUUCAUUUGCAGAAAGCCUACAGGGGCAUCCUACUGAACAACACGAUUGGCAAGAUCAACAGCAAGUUCCUGAGAGGCCUCUUCCGCGACAUCUUACCCGACCUGCUCAUGGACACACAAUGCGGCGCCGUCCCUCACAAGGCGACUGACUUCAUCACCCACACCGCCUAUACCUUCCUGGACGACUGCCGUGCACAGGCUCGCACGGGCAGCAUCCUCUUCCUGGACUUGAGAGAAGCCUUUCAUUCGGUAAUAAGGGAAUUCAUGUUCCAGCUGCCGACUCAGGAGGACGAGCUCGAAGACGUCAUCGACAACAUCGAGAUUCCCAUAUGCCUCCUCCCUUCCCUACGACAACGGCUUCGCUGCCCAGCACAUCUCAACGCCCACGUCGACGACUCCCACCUCUGCGCCCUCGUUGCCGACCACCACACGGCCAACUGGAUGACCGCCAAGGGCGCAGACGCAUACGUGAUCCCACGCACCAGUACCAGGCCAGGGGUGCCAUACUCCGACGCGGCCUUCAACAUGCAUUUCGCCCUAGUGCUUCAGGCCAUCGCCGACGACGCUGAAGGGGCAGAAGACGGUGAGAGUGGCCACCACAUCCGACCAUGCGACAACCCGCUCUUCUCUACGGCCCCGCAUCAAGGCGGCAAGCUGACUAACAUGUCCUUCGUCGACGACCUCACCGACUUCAACUCGACCACCAGCCACUCCGACAUCAUUGACAUUACGAAAACUUCAGCCGAACGUCUAUGCCGUACAGCCUUUACCUACGGGCUCAAGCCACACCCAGACAAGACCAAGGUCAUUAUCUCCUUCAACGGGACGGGCUCCAACGUCGUACGCAGCAGGCUUGCACAGCAGAACAUUACGUCAAUCCAGCUGAGCAUCAUGUCGAUCUCGGUCCAGAUCACAGACCAGCACCGACUCUUAGGCACUAUCCUAACCAACGGCAGCAUGGGACCCGAGGUACAGAAUCGCAUGCGACGAACCGAAGCUUCGGCACGAGCUCUUGAGAGGCAAAUCCUAAGACGUCGACACCUACUCCGCAAAACGAAGAUCAAGUACGUGCACGCCCUCUCGACCGCCUCGUUGACCUUCAACCAUCACGUCUGGCCAACACUGACCCAGACCGACCACCAGCGCAUCUCCAACGCCUACUCGAAGCCCUACCGCACGGACUUCGACUUCCUGCGCACAUACCUGGACGACCAGCGCUGGCCCACGACAAGCAAGCUCGACCCAGACGUGUUUUCAUGGGCUCGCACCACGCCGAAGCACUUCACCAACUCCGUCAACCUGGCCAUCACAAACUACAUCCGCGCCUCUAAAGACCGCGCCCACGCCGACAAGCUUACGAAGGUGCUCAGACCCGACGGCCCCACUGGUGCGGACACUACGCCAUCACGCGACAACGGCGCCUGCAACUUCAUCUGCUACGAGUGUGGAAUUGUAACCAAGACAAAGACAUUGAGCCGCGAGCGAAGCGAAGCGAAGGGGGCCGGCGCCACGGGCCCGCCGCGGGCGCCUGAGGCGGCGGCGGCGGGGCAGAUGGCAGCACCAGGCCUCGCCGCGGUCCCGCCGCCGCCCAGUCUCUGGCAUGGCGGCGGCGGCUGGCCGAGCGGCGGCGCCGACGCGGCCAGGCUCUCGGACGCCGUCGCCAGGCGGGACACGUGGGCGCCAGCCACCGCCGUCUGCGGCCAGGCGCGCGCUGGCGCCGUCGCGCUGGAGGCGGAGGAGGACCGAGGUGACCACCGCCUUGUUGUGACCAUGGCCACAACUGCGGAGCUCAUGCGGAUCUGUGCCCCGUUGUACCCGUCCAUCGCCCUAGAGAGCGCGGCGAAUUUCGGGCUGUUUCUUUUCUUUUCGUACCUGUCCAUCCUCAUCUCCACGAAGCAGCAGGUGAAGACGCCUGCGAGGGCGAUUUGUCGGAUGCUGUGGAGCAGCCUGACGGAGUGGGCGGAGGACACUUGGAGGGUCCUGCGCAGGUGGCCUCACAUGCACGAGAUGGAGCUCGGCCAACGCUUCCGCUACUGCCGGAGGCUCAACGCGACCAUCUGUCGACUCUCGGCCGCCAUUGCGCUCAUUACGAUCACCCGCUGGUUCCACAUCAACAACGUGAACGGGUUCCGUUACCUCGGGUAUGCACUCACUUGCCCCUUGAUGCAGGCCGAGCUCGUGUUGCUCAUCGCGCCGCACAUCCCGUGCUACAGGCUUUUGGCGGUCUUCUCAUGCCUCAUCACUUUCGGCAUGCUCCUCACCGGCUACAUUGCGUCUCAGUUCGAGGGGCCGAUGUGGAAGACCGAUUUCGAAACCUUCUAUGACGAAGCCCUGGACGGUAACCUGAACAGUCUGACCACAAAGGGGUGGUGGUUGAUGCCGAGCACGGUGAUAUUGUGUUUCCUCUCUUUUGUGCAGAUCCCUAUUCUUGGCCUUGUGUACUAUUGCAGCGGCGGCUCGAAGAAUGAAGACCUGCCGAAAGGCUACCCUAAGCUCCUGACGAUCACGUCUCUCUCUUGGUUGGGCUUCCCCGUCUGGUGGUACUUGUCGUACGAGGGGGCGAGCAUUAUCACGGAGUCCAGGUGGAACGCCGUAGGUUUUGUGGUCCUGAACAUGACCAGCAAGGGCGGCUUCACCCUGCAGAUGCUCAGCAUGGUCAAAGCGUGGAAGCGGCAGCAGGCCCAGAAGCCGAAGCCUCCGGCCGCCCCGGAGCCCGCCAGCGCGGUGCCGAAGCUCGAGCUGCAGUCGGCACCCAGGGGCGCCCCUGCGGCGCAGGACACCCCACAUGUGCGGGCCGCCAAGAGGAUCCAGACAGGGCAGUCGCUGCAGUGGUUCGUCGACGCCAUGAAGAAGUGGGAGCCCGAGGAGCCGAACCCUUCGGCCUCGACCGCGCAGAAGGCGGGCGCGGGCCCACAGGGCGAGGUCGAGAGGGUGGUGAUCACGGACCCGCGCCAGCUGAACGACGAGCAGCUCAUGCAGGAGCUGGGGAAGCGCUUGGUCGCGCACGGAUCGGGCGGCAAGGGAACGCCGAGCCACCAGUUGAACGCCAACAUCCGCAACGCGUGCACCAAAAUCCUUGAGGCCGACGAGAGCGAUGACGACGAGUGA